GCCUACUGAAAUGUUUAAAUCCGAAACUGAUAAGUACUCUAAAUUCGAUGAAAAUGGUUUACCGACACACGAUUUAGAAGGAAAGGAGAUCAGCAAAGGUCAAAUGAAGAAGUUGCAAAAGCUGCAGCAAGCUCAGGAAAAGAAAUAUCAAGAAUAUUUAGCUAGUCAGAAAUCUUGAACGAACGAUGAAUCACCGAUGAUUAUUUAUUAUGCGAGAACUUAUUAAUUAACCAUUUAAUGAUUAAUUUUAUGAAAGAUAGUGUUGAAAACAUUGUUUCUCUAACUAUUGUGCAUUUUAUAGUGUAAUAUAAAUCAUUGUGUAAUUUUAUACUACUUAUAUUUAAUAUACAAA